AAAAAAGAGCGCGCUCAGAAUUUGUUGAAAUUGGAUUGAAUUCAUCCGACCCUCGACCCUCGACUUUAACAAGGGCCCCAGUCCCUGAACUAGCAACAAAGCACCUACAGCAUACUGAAACCUCAACCACAUUUGACACCUGUCAAUAGAAAAUGGAUGAAGUAGCUGGAGAUCUGAAGCAAGCCCUUCCAAAUGUACACGACACUUUUCAAGUACAUGUGGAAGUCCACCAGAAAUCAAACAGCCCAGCAGCGAGUCAAGAUAUAAGAUCUCAUGUCAUGCAACUAUUGAAUAGACAUUGUGUAGUGUUUGGAGAUUAUUCAUGGACAGAGUUUGAUGACAGUUUUUUAAUUAAAAAUAUACAUUCCGUCUCCAUUGUUGAUACUGAAUUAAAACUGAAAGACCGACAGCCCAUCGAUCUCAGCAAGUGCACGGUGUUGGUACAUAUUUUUCAGCUAAAUGAAGAUGGUCCUUGUACAGAAAAUCUUGAAGAGGAAAAUGAGGAUCUUGUGGCUGCUAAUCAUUGGCUGCUACCUGCUGCUGAUUUUCAUGGUCUAUGGGACAGUUUAAUAUACGACAGCCAAAUUAAGUCCAAACUUUUAGAUUAUAUUGAAACUGCAAUGUUAUUUUCUGACAAGAAUGUUGACAGCAAUUUGAUAUCCUGGAACAGAGUGGUGCUCUUGCAUGGACCACCUGGAACAGGAAAAACUUCAUUAUGCAAGGCUCUGGCACAGAAACUCACCGUUCGACUAUCAUAUAGGUACAGAUAUGGGCAGCUUGUUGAGAUCAAUAGCCACAGUCUUUUUUCAAAGUGGUUUUCUGAGAGUGGCAAAUUGGUGACUAAAAUGUUUCAGAAGAUUCAUGAUCUAAUAAAUGAUAAAGAAGCACUAGUAUUUGUUUUGAUUGAUGAGGUGGAAAGUCUUACUGCAGCUCGUAAAGCUUCCAGAGCUGGUACUGAGCCUUCAGAUGCCAUUCGUGUAGUUAAUGCUGUGCUGACACAAAUUGAUCAUAUCAAAAGGUAUCCCAAUGUAGUCAUCUUAAGCACCUCAAACCUCACAGAAAAAAUUGAUGUUGCUUUUACUGAUAGAGCAGAUAUAAAGCAGUACAUUGGACCUCCAUCUCCUGCUGCUAUAUUUAAAAUUUAUCUGUCUUGCAUAGAAGAACUUAUGAAGCGUCAGAUCAUUUACCCAAAGCAGCAACUGUUAACGUUACGUGACCUUGAAAUGAUUGGCUACCUGGAAAAUAAUGUAUCCAAACUUAGCUUGCAGUUAAAUGAAAUUUCAAGGAAAAGUGAGGGCCUCAGUGGAAGAGUGCUUCGGAAAAUACCUUUUCUGGCACAUGCACUUUAUUUACAAUCUCCAACAGUUACCAUCGAAAGGUUCCUUUGGGCUCUUUCACUGGCAGUGGAUGAACAGUUUCAAGAAAGAAAGGAUUUUUCAGAUAAUAUAUAAUAUGCACAUUUCAAUUCUACCUGUGAAGCAAUGUUCCAUAUACUGUGUAUUUUUGUGUCAUCUAUAUUACCCAAACCCCUUGUGUUCCAGUGCCCUUCAAAGAUAAAAGACACGGGCUAGUGCUGAAAAGGAAUGAAAUGCAUAACUAUAGCUAACACAUAGAAAGUCAUUUAGUCACCAUUCUUUCACAUGAAUGACAAAUACUUUUCAAUGUUCAUUUUGAUUAAUGCUUCUAAGUAGUUUGGUUAAUAGACUGGAAAUCCUUUGUGGUUUUCUUCCCAUUAUAUCAAGUGAGAAGCGCUUAUUUUUUAGUAGACUUAAAAUAUGGAGAUCCAAAUUACGGAAUUAUCCAGAUAAUCCCAGGUCCUGAGCAUUCUGGAUAAUAGGUCACAUACCUGUACUGAGUAGGACCCAUAAUCCUUAAUAUAUAUAGUAAAUGUUACAGAAAGAACAGUCCAUUUGAUCCUAUAACUUGAUUAGCAUAGCCAUUAAGGGCAUAUUGUGGGGGCAAGGCUUUGGUAUAAAACACACCAAUAUCUCUUAUUUUACAUUUACAUUUAUGUACAGUGUAAUAGUUUGUUCUCUGUAUUGUCCAUAGCAUUUAAACUUACCAUAACUUUUCAGUAUAUUAGUCUUUGAACAUAUUUUUUGUUAUUUUAAGUGUAUUAUCAAUGUUUGCUUGUCAUUGCCUCAAAUUAGUUUCCAUAAAAUUUUCAUAGAAACUUA